AUGGGUAUUUUGCAGACCCUCUUUAAGGCCGACGAGGACGUCUACGGCUCUAAGUUCAGGGCUAUCUCCAUCGGGCUUUUCGUCGCCUUUGGCGGUGUUUUGUUCGGUUACGACACAGGAACCAUUUCCGGGAUUCUCGCUAUGAAAUACGUUAAGGGGAACUUCACUGAUCGCGGCCACUUCACCGCAGGCGAAACUUCGCUGAUAACUUCCAUUUUGUCUGCAGGCACCUUCUGCGGCGCCGUCUUUGCACCCCUGAUUUCCGAUACUUUGGGCCGCCGGCUCGGCCUAAUGGCAUCGACCAUCAUAUUCACCGUCGGAGUUAUUUUGCAAACCGCUGCUUCCGAGCAGAAUCUAUUGAUCGUUGGAAGAGUGAUUGCCGGUCUCGGCGUUGGUGUGCUAUCAGCAAUCGUUCCAUUGUACCAGUCCGAAGCUGCCCCCAAAUGGAUUCGUGGUGCAGUGGUUUCGUGCUAUCAAUGGGCCAUCACCAUCGGACUGUUGCUAGCCGCUUGUGUCAACCAGGGCACCCACGCCCGCAACGACAGUGGCUCGUACCGUAUUCCUAUCGCGAUUCAAUUCCUAUGGGCCCUCAUCAUGUUUUUCGGAAUGCUCAUGCUUCCUGAAUCACCACGUUUCUACGUCAAGAACGGCAAACUGCCAGAAGCGGCCAAGUCCUUGUCCACGCUAAGAGGUUUGCCCGUAGACGACAAAUUCGUGGAAGCAGAGUUGGAAGAGAUUGUCGCUAACUACGAAUACGAGAGAUCAUUUGGAUCCACCACAGUCAUGGACUGCUUCAGACCCGCCAACCACCAGCUCAAGCGUAUACUCACCGGUAUUGGAAUUCAGGCUCUCCAGCAACUCACGGGUAUCAACUUCAUCUUCUACUAUGGUACCCAAUUCUUCCAAAACUCGGGCAUCAAGAACCCCUUCAUCACGCAGCUGAUCAUGAACAUCGUUAACGUGGUGAUGACCAUCCCAGGUAUUGCCCUUAUCGAAAUCGCAGGCAGAAGAAACCUUUUGCUAUGGGGUGCCGUUGGUAUGUGCGUCAGUGAAUUCAUUGUUGCAGCGGUUGGAACCGCAUUGCCACACAGUAAUGCUGCCAACAAGACACUAAUUGCGUUCUCGUGCACUUUUAUUGCGUCGUUUGCGGCUACCUGGGGUCCAUUGGCCUGGGUCGUUGUCGGUGAAAUCUACCCAUUGAGAGUGCGUGGUAAGUCUGUCGCAUUCUGUGCAGCUUCCAACUGGCUGUUCAACUUCGCCAUCGCAUACGCCACACCCUACUUGGUGGAUGCCGACCGUGCCAACCUACAGGCCAAGGUAUUCUUUAUCUGGGGCGGUUGCACCUUCCUAUGCUACCUCUUCGUCUACUUUUUCAUCUACGAGACCAAGGGUCUCACUUUGGAACAGGUCGACGAGCUAUACGACACCUGCCCAAAUGCCCGCCAAUCCAGAAACUUUGUUCCAUCUCAAGGUUUUGCCCACGACUCCCCAGAUGCCGAAAAGGCGGUUGUGGAAGCAGUCGAAAAGGUUUGA